CUAGCUCUCUCUGCAAAAGCAUGGCGUGCACUACCCUUUCAUUACUAGACCAUCUCGUGAUCACUGUAUUGCUUGUGCUCGCUCGUGACAUUAUCACAGCCGGUGUUGUCAUAGCUCCACCUCCUACACGACUACGUGCACCUUCUCCGACUCCUCGUCCUCUGCAUUUUGGGCCCCCUGCUCGCACUCCUCGUCUUCCUCCCCCUCUCUUAGGCACUCCGCCUCUAACUCCACUUCCACGUCCAUGGUUGGGGGCACCUUCUCCAGCUCAUGUCCCUCCGCGGCUAGGAGCACCAUCUCGUACUCCUAUUCUUCCAUCUCCUAAGGUAGGUGCUCCACCUCCUAUACCUCCUUAUCGUCGGAAGCGUGCUCCACCACCUGCACCACGGGUUAAGGGCCCCAUUCCAUCUCCAGUUAUUCCUCCACCUCGGAAGGGCACUCCACCUUCUAAUCCAAUUCCCGCACCACGGUUGGGCGUACCCCUUCCAACACCUCCUCUCCCUCGCCCUCGCAGUCCUGCUUUUCCUUCCCCUCGGAAUGGUGCUCCACGUUCCAGUCCCCCACUUCCUACACCACGAUUAGGGGCACCCCUCCCAUCCCUUCUUCCUCUAGCUCCUGCUCCUAUACUUCCUCCCCACCGGAAGGGCACUCCACCUCCUGCACCACAUUUUAAAGCACCUAUACUUCCUCCCCGUCGGAAGGGCCCACCUCCAGCACCACAUUUUAGGGCACCUGUACCUCCUCCCCAUAGGAAGGGCACUCCACCUCCAGCACCACAUUUUAAGGCACCUAUACUUCCUCCCGGUCGGAAGCGCACUCCACCUCCUGCACCACAUUUUAAGGCACCUGUAGCUCCUCCCCGUCGAAAGGGCACUCCACCUCCUACACCACAUUUUAAGGCACCUGUGCUUCCUCCCCGUAGGAAGCGCACUCCACCUCCUGCACCACAUGUUAAGGCACCCAUUCCAUCUACUGUUAUUCCUCCUUGGAAGGACAUUCCACCUUCCACUCCAAUUCCAGCACCACGGUUGGGGGUACCUCUUCCAUCUCCUGUUCGUCAGCCCCCUCGCACUCCUAUUGUUUCACCUCCGCGAAAGCGCAAUCCACCUUCUAGUCCUCCACCAAGGUUGGGGGUACCCCUUCCAUCUCCUGUUCGUCAGCCCCCUCGCACUCCUAUUGUUCCACCUCCGCGAAAGCGCAAUCCACCUUCUAGUCCUCCACCACGGUUAGGGGCACCACUUCCGUCUCCUCUUUUUCCUCCGCCGCACACUCCUGUUCUUCCACCUCCUCCUCAAUAUGCGGCCGAUCCUCCUCCUCCUCCACCACCUAUGGGUGGGCCCAAAGUGCCAGCUCUGAUUGCGUUUGGAGACUCAAUCGUGGACACCGGCAACAAUAACUACCUCAUGACUGUUGUGAAGGCCAACUUCCCGCCGUACGGCAAGGAGUACCCUGGCCACAAGGCCACCGGCAGGUUCUCCGACGGCAAGAUCACCGUGGACUUUCUAGCGUCUGCGUUUGGGUUGAAGGAGACGCUCCCGCCAUACCUGAACAAGAACCUCACCCUGGAGGACCUCAAGACCGGCGUCAGCUUCGCGUCCGCGGGGAGCGGCUACAACAACGCCACGUGCCGGACGUCGUCGACCAUGACGAUCGAGCGGCAGCUGCAGCUGUUCUCCGAGUACAAGGCGAAGGUGGGGAGCAUCCCCGAGAGGGCCCUCUUCGUGGUCUGCUCCGGCAGCAACGACAUCGUGGAGCACUUCACCCUCGCCGACAGUAUGACCUCGCCGGAGUACGCCGAAAUGAUGGCCCGGAGAGCAAUCGGCUUGGUCGAGGCGCUGAUCGGCCAGGGCGCGCGGCAGAUCGCGCUAACCGGGGCGCCGCCGGUGGGCUGCGUACCCUCGCAGCGGCGCAUCGCCGGCGGGGUCCGGACGCAGUGCGCCACGGACCGCAACCAGCUAGCGCUCUUGUUCAACCGGAAGGUGAGCCUGGAGGUGGCCAAGCUGUCCGGAAAGUAUCGCGGCGUGAACAUCUUCUACGUCGACCUCUACUCCAUCGUCGCCGACGUGGUCCAGCGGUACCAGGAUCUCGGGUUCAAGGACGGCAAGGACGCCUGCUGCGGCUACAUCGGCCUCGCGGUUGGCCCGCUGUGCAACGUCGGCAGCCGUACCUGCCCGGACCCUUCCAAGUACGUGUUCUGGGACAGCUACCAUCCCACCGAGAGGGCGUACAAGAUCAUGAUAGACGACUUCCUCAGAAGAUACACCAGAUACAUACACUAGCUAUAGGCUAUAGCUAGUAGUCGAUCCAUUUUAAUUUGUUUCUCGUUGGUAGCCGCUAGAUAUAUAGCUUAAUUUAUAAAGUCUUAUUAAUUAAUUAAUUAAUUAAUUAGGUUAUAAGUAUGCAUGUAAUCGAAUCGAUAGGCAUCAUAUAUAUAAAGUUCUGUAUGAAUUUCUUUUCCCCUAUUUACUGCUUUGCUCCAAACACUAUCAGAAUUGGAUGAUUAAUCUCUUUUACUAGUAACAAUUCUGUUUGUCUAA